ACUUUAUAUACAGCUAGGGUUUUGGCUCGCGCACCCUACCAGUUCCUUCGUCUCUCUAAUCUCUUCAUAGCAGCAGCUGCAGUUUGACAGAAGAUUAAUCAAACAGAACAAAAUGGCAGGUGAAGAGGCUGUUGUAGUACCAGUGGAGGCACCUGCAGCCCCAGCAGCAGCUCUUGGGGAGCCAAUGGACAUCAUGACAGCUUUGCAGCUUGUUCUAAGAAAGUCACUUGCUCAUGGAGGCCUUGUGAGGGGUCUUCAUGAGGCUGCAAAAGUUAUUGAGAAACAUGCUGCUCUUCUUUGUGUAUUGGCAGAGGAUUGUAAUCAGCCUGACUACCAAAAAUUGGUCAAAGCACUUUGUGCUGACCAUAAUGUCAGCUUAGUAACUGUUCCAGCUGCAAAGACUCUUGGCGAAUGGGCUGGCUUGUGCAAGAUUGAUUCGGAAGGAAAGGCAAGAAAGGUUGUGGGUUGUUCAUGCCUUGUUGUGAGGGAUUAUGGUGAGGAGUCUGAAGGACUUCACAUUGUUCAGGAGCCAAGAGAUGUCGAUGAUGUGGAUGGCAUUGCUGGAGGCAAACAUUGUCUCCCAUUGCAGGCAUUUUCGAAUGGCAAUGUCGGGCUGCAUUUUUGUGUGGCUCAAAUUUGA